AUGUCAGACGCAGCUCUGGGCACUGGCCCCGAUGCGCUCGAAGAGACUUUGGGCCGUCUUUCCAAAAAAGCAGGCGUGAGGGCAACCAUCGCCCUAGACCGCGCCUCGGGGGCCAUCUUGAAGACCAGUGGCCAGGUUGGGUCAAUUCGGACGGCAAAGCCAUCGGGAUCGUCGGUGCCCGCCGCUGGGUCGUUUGCUAACGAAAGCGAUGGAGGCAGCGCCAACCACGACCAGGGCACUGAAGAAUUGGCCUCGAUGGUGUGGAAUUUUGUCAACACCGCCGGUGGCCUUGUGCAGGAACUUGACACCGAGGAUGAAGUAAAACUGUUGCGGUUGCGAACCAAGAAGCAGGAGUUUGUCAUCGUGCCUGACGCAAAAUAUCUGUUGAUUGUGAUCCACGACACCGCAGCCUAA